AUGAACAUACUAUUUCGUCGAGCCUUUCUUACUACGAUUAGGGACCCAGUCUUGAUGCAGGUUCGACUGCUGCAAGUAGUGAUCACAUCAGUUGCCAUUGGAGUCGUCAAUUUCCAAACUGAAGUAUUCGGACCGUCGAUACAGAAUCUCGAAGGAGUCAUGUACAACUGCGUCCGUGACAUGUCCUUUCUAUUCUUCUAUCCUUCGAUUAAUGUAAUCACUAGUGAGUUGCCGUUGUUCAUGAGGGAGUGCAAAGCGCGAAUCUAUUCGGCAGAAGCCUAUUUUAUUUCUAAAUCCCUUGCAGAAGUUCGUAAGCAAUACUGUUGA